GAGAGAGAGAAUGAGCCAGCUAUGCUGGCUAUGAUACCAUUAGCAUCAGUGAUUAAUGUAUGCUGCGGCCUGUUCCACGGCGAUGUGCGCGAGUUUCGUGUAUACCCAGUGAUUGACUCGUAGACGUGAGAGGGAGAGAGAAAGGGAGAGAUAACACGAGAGUGGCGGAGAAUGAGAGAGACGGCGUGAGCGCGUGAGAGAGAACGGAAGGGAGACGGAGAUACGGGAUGAGAAAAGAGACGCAGCCCCAGGACCGCGGGGCGAAGCUUGCUUCGGACUGUCUCGAUAGAUCGGCAGACUGUUCGCGAACAGACACGGAAACACUGGGCAAUUACAGGCAUGCGAUGUCGGGCAGGAAAGUGACGAGAAAAGGAGAGGGGACGGAAGAAGAGAAAGAGAAAAGGGAUGGUACUCGCAGAAGAAGUGCACAGCCGCCAAUCACGAGGUGUCAGCGGCGGCAGGCUGUCAUUAGGCGAUUAAAUUCCCGUAGCAGCCGAUCUGUCUUCGUUCGCGUAAAUCUUCAUCAAGUUUCGAUUUUCCGCGCGUUUCGCCGCGAGGCGGGGCGGCGCGAGGCGAGGCGAGGUGAUGCGAACGGCGCGAACGCCGGCGGCGUCUCCGCUCCGAAGCGCCGAAGGGCAAAAAGCACCGUCACCGCGACGGUGAUCAAUAAUACAUCAAAGAAUAACGGAUGAGAAUAUCGGGCCGGUCGAACGUCGCAACGGCUAAAGAUAACCCUGCGAGACGUCUCACCUGUGUGUACCGGAAAAUACUUAAAUAAAUUCUCUUAUAAAUCCAUAGAGCCCAUCGAGUAAAUGAAUGCCAUUUAUCAGGCUCGCGAUUGUUUCAUCUUUCAGUUACACAGCCUUAGUAAUUAGUUCCGCAAUUAAUAAUUGAUUAGAAUCUGAUUAAAAUCACCUGCCAAGCAGGGUCGUGUGUUUACACGUACGACUUUUUAAUCUAAUUUAAUUUACUACGUACGUAUUAUAUAAGAUUUACAUACAAAAGAAGAAAGGAGGAAAUAAAUUGUGCAUCCAGAUACGUAAAUAGUGAAGCGUCAGCAAGGCGUAAUAAUUUAAUGUAACUAAUUAAGGAUAGAAGAUCUUUUAUGUCAUUUUGACAUAAAAGAAGACGAUAUAUUUGCUGAUUAAAAAACAUUGAAUAUAAAAUGUGCCAAUGCUAACCUCGACAAACCUCGCGCCAAAUUUUCGGCGAGAAAAGACCUAGCAACUAUUGAUUAGAAAGAGCAUUAUUAAAAUAUUUUGUGACCGCGACAGGACAAACUAUGUAUCGAGUUAAUGACGGAUAUUACUCGACGUUAUUUACUCAGAUAAUCGCAUAAGCGUUGUUUUACGUUUUAUGCACGAUAGUGGGUUACGACCUGCAUUAAUCAUAAAUGCGUUAUACGCGAAUUUAAUGAUUUAUAUUGAAUCGGCGGAAUAGAAUUUAUACAUUGACAAUCUGUUUGCGCAACUUAUGAAUAUUCGAAUUGUAGACAACCGCUUCCAAGGUUGGAUAAGACAUUGGCUUUAUUAUUGAACAGUAAUUAUAAUACUGCAUAUUUAAUUUAUGAUAAUACGCCUAUUUUUAUAGCAUACAAUUUUACUGCGUCCACCUUUGACAUAAUUGUCCACUAUCAAGCUAAAGAAUCCAAAUUCUAUUUCUGAUUGACGUAUAAGUUUUAAUCGUUGUUUAUUGAUAUUAUUAAAUAUAUAAAGUGAGUCGA